CGCCUCGCUCCGCACCGUAAAAGUCCGACGGCCAUAUUGACUGACUGCAUCUCCUUCUCCGCGGUGAAACUGGCCCAGUCGCGUCAUACAUAGCCGGGUGUCUAACGGAAAACAACCCGGUCUAUUUUGGUCGCGUGGAAUUUAAAGUAGACUACCAGGUGGACAGUUUACCGUUUUCAGAACGCAGUUCAUCAACUGAGGCUUGAGUGAGUUGGCUUAACAGGGAGUACCUGUGUUUGGCACCGGAUGCUAGUUUAUGACCUCACCGAGUCAACAGGUUAUGGCUGCCCUGAGGCGGUGGAGCCCAGAGCGAGGCAACAAGGAGGAGGACGUUUUGUUUGCAUUUUCUCUGCGGAAGGGCAAGGCCGGAGAGAGGAGAAAGAUGCCCAAACCGAUCAAUGUGCGUGUCACCACCAUGGAUGCAGAGCUGGAGUUUGCCAUCCAGCCCAACACCACCGGCAAACAGCUCUUUGACCAGGUGGUGAAGACAGUGGGCCUCCGGGAGGUGUGGUUCUUUGGCCUGCAGUACACAGACAGUAAAGGCUACAGCACGUGGCUCAAACUCAACAAGAAGGUGACACAGCAGGAUGUGAAGAAGGAGAACCCUCUGCAGUUUAAGUUCAGAGCCAAGUUCUUCCCGGAGGACGUGUCUGAGGAGCUCAUCCAGGAGAUUACGCAGAGACUCUUCUUCCUGCAGGUGAAGGAGGCCAUCCUGAACGAUGAGAACUACUGUCCUCCAGAGACAGCCGUGUUGCUGGCCUCCUACUCUGUCCAGGCCAAGUAUGCAGACUACAGCAGAGACGUCCACAAGCCUGGUUACCUAACUUCCGACCGCCUGCUGCCACAGAGAGUGCUGGAGCAGCACAAGUUGACUAAGGAACAGUGGGAGGACAGAAUACAGACCUGGCAUGAGGAACACACAGGCAUGCUCAGAGAGGACUCUGUGAUGGAGUAUCUGAAGAUAGCCCAGGACCUGGAAAUGUAUGGAGUCAACUACUUUGAGAUCAAGAACAAGAAGGGAACCGAGUUGUGGCUGGGUGUGGAUGCACUGGGACUCAAUAUCUAUGAACAUGAGGACAAGUUGACACCAAAGAUUGGCUUCCCCUGGAGUGAGAUCAGAAACAUCUCCUUCAAUGACAAGAAGUUUGUCAUCAAACCCAUCGACAAAAAAGCCCCAGACUUUGUAUUCUACGCACCACGGUUGCGGAUUAACAAGCGUAUCCUGGCGCUGUGCAUGGGGAACCACGAGCUGUACAUGAGGAGGAGGAAGCCUGAUACCAUCGAGGUGCAGCAGAUGAAGGCCCAGGCCCGGGAGGAGAAACACCACAAACAGAUGGAGAGAGCCCAGCUAGAAAACGAGAAGAAAAAACGAGCGCACGCAGAGAAAGAGAGGGAGAAGAUGGAGAAAGAGAAGGAUGAGCUGAUCGAGAGACUCAGACAGAUUGAGGAACAGACGCUAAAGGCCCAGAAAGAGCUGGAGGAUCAGACACGCAGGGCCCUGGAGUUGGACCAGGAGAGGAAGAGAGCGAAGGAAGAGGCAGAGAGGUUGGAGAAAGAGAAACAGGCAGCAGAGGAGGCCAAAGCAGCUCUGGUUAAACAGGCUGCUGACCAGAUGAAGAACCAGGAACAACUGGCCGCUGAGCUAGGAGAAUUCACCGCCAAAAUCGCUCUGCUUGAAGAGGCCAAAAGGAAAAAGGAAGAGGAAGCGACAGAAUGGCAACACAAAGCCAUCUCAGCCCAGGAGGACCUGGAGAAGACUAAAGAGGAGCUGAAGUCUGUGAUGUCAUCACCCCCGGCGCCAGAGCACGAUGAGCAGGAUGAGACGAAUGCUGAGGGUAGCACCGAGCUGCACAGUGAUGGGGUCACCAGCCACCACAGCGAGGAGGAACGUGUCACAGAGGCCCAGAAGAACGAACGCGUCAAGCAACAGCUGCAGGCUCUGAGUUCAGAGUUGGCCCAGGCGAGGGAUGACACCAAGAAGACCCAGAAUGACAUGCUACAUGCGGAGAACGUGAAGGCUGGGAGGGACAAGUACAAGACCCUGCGUCAGAUCCGCCAGGGAAACACCAAGCAGCGCAUCGACGAGUUUGAGUCCAUGUGAGAGACCUCGCCCUCCCACCCUUGCAUUGCCACGACAGCGGCUCGUUUUUGUGUACAGCAAAACCUGCCCGUUCCCGUCCCAUUCCCCCAAAUCCCUACUUGCAAAAAGGCCAGAGGUGUGUGGAUUCAAUGUCCCGCCAACUAUGCCUUGCCAAAGCUCUGCCCACUAGCGGAUGGCCAAUCAAACUGCUCCAUGCUUAGAGCUCUGCCUAACCACAUCUGGACUCGCCUAAUCUGGAAUGGCAAGCAACAUACUGUCGAAGACAACUUCUCCAUGAACAAAGGAUCAUUUAAUGCUUGCAUGUCUGAUGUAAGAAUGGAUAGAGGAAUUGGUUGAUAUCUUGCUUUCAUUGAGAGGGAACAAUUGCAGUUGAACUUUUGGAUGUCGCUGGCCAGCUUGUAUGUAAAGCUUUAAAUACCGUACCUUACGUUUAUUUGUUUGCCAUUAGAUUAAGAAUUUUAAUAGUUUUCUUUUUUUUAACGAAACAGCCUUAUUUGUCUAAUUUAAUUUCGGCUUCAUAUUUAACUGUGGUGAGUUAGCUGUGCUCUAGUCAGUCAUGGGUCAGCUGAUGUUGAACCAGUGGUUUAAUUCCUCCAGAAUUUGACAACAGCGUUUAUCUGUCCGUUCUGACCUAUACCUUUUUGUGUCGUUUAUCGUCAAUUGAAGCAUUUACCAAUUAUUUAUUUUCCUUCACAAUAAAGAUUCCAUGUAUGUUUCUUAUUUCCAGUCAGUCAAAGUGUUCAUCCCCAGGCUGAACGAGGUAAAACCAAAUUGGAGGGAGGCAGCAGUGCAUUAUUAUAUGGAUGGAGUGAUAUGAGGAACUGUUCAUUUUGAACAUUCCAGAUUCAUCACCUUCCAGACAUGUAAGAAUGGGGAAAAUAAAAGAACCACAAAAGCGCCCUAGCCACGUUGGUUUUCUAAAUCAAGAUUAUGUAAGGAAUGAUCAGGUCAGCCACCUCCUUGAAUUUACAACUGGUGUUGUUUCUGGUGAAAAAAAAACUGUUAUUAAAUUGUAAAUAUCAAUUGUUUUAUCCUUAAUGUCAAGCGAUGUACAAUAAUGUACUUUACUAACCUUUAUCAUCUUCAGUUAUAACUUUGAACCCAUUAAUCAUUAUUUAAAAACAUGUAAAAAAUAAAAAUGUAAUGUUGUAGUAACCUUUCCAGAGAUAUUACCUUUCAUGUAGUGUUGUGGAAAGAUGACGACACAUUAUAGGCUAUUCAUUCAACUUUAUCACCACAGUAAAUGUAGCAUCCGUUUGAUUUUAAAUUUCAGAUGUCAGAGUGCCUUCAGGAAAGUAUUCAGAUCCCUUGACUUGUUUCACAUUUUGUUACAUUAUAGCCUUAUUCUAAAAUGUAUUACAUUGUUUUUUCCCCCCUCAUCAAACAGUACCCCAUAAUAACAAAGCAAAAACCGGUUUGCUAAUUUAUUUUAAAAAACAACUGAAAUAUACUUUAUUGAAGCACCUUUGGCAGCGAUUUACAGCAUUGAGUCUUCUUGGGUAUGACGCUACAAGCUCGGCACACCUGUAUUUGGGGAGUUUCUCCCAUUCUUCUAUGCAGAGACUUUUUGGUUCCAAAUUUCUUUCAUUUAGGAAUGAUGGAGGCCGCUGUGUUCUUGGGGAUCUUCAAUGCUGCAAAAAUGUUUGGUACCCUUUCCCAGAUCUGUGCCACGACACUAUCCUGUCUCUGAGCUCUACGGGCAAUUCCUUUGGCCUCAUGGCUUGGUUUUUGCUCUGACAUGCACUGUCAACUGUAGGCCCUUAUAUAAACAAGUGUAUGCCUUUCCAAAUCAUGUCCAUUCAAUUGAAUUUGUGUUAAACAAUUCAAAAUCUAUUUUAUAUUUGAGAUUCUUCAAAGUAGCCACCCUUUGCCUUGAUGACAGCUGUGCACACUCUUGGCAUUCUCUCAACCAGCUUCAUGAGGUAGUCACCUGGAAUACAUUUCAAUGCCAAGAGUGUGCACAGCUGUCAUCAAGGCAAAGGGUGGCUACUUUGAAGAAUCUCAAAUAUAAAAUAGAUUUUGAAUUGUUUAACACUUUGUUUGCUAUCUACAGGAUUCCGUAUGUUAUUUCAUAGUUUUGAUAUCUUCACUAUUAUUCUACAAUGUAGAGCAUAGUGAAAAUAAAGAAAAAUCCUUGAAUGAG